AUGGCAUCUUUCCUGUUCACAUUCGAACGCCGCGACGAACUCGAAGCCGCCCAAGCCGCGAACGAGGUCUACAGUCCCCUCAAAAUCAUUCUCGCCGUCUUUGGCAUCAUCUCAGUGGUCAUGCUUUUCACCGUGAUUUGCUGGUUCGCGUGGUCCCGCUAUCAGCGGAAAUGGGCUUUGGAACAGCAGUAUGCGCAGGAUGUCGCGAUGUCGGAACUAUUUGGUGGCUCGCAGCAUGUAAAAAACCUUAAGGAAGGCGAGUUUGAGGACAUCAAUCUGAACAAUGAAGAGCGGAGGACGAAGGGAGUCACGCGCUGGUCCUUUUCGGGCUACUUUGGGAAGCAGGUAUGA